ACUGCCAAGCGAAGGACUGUCAAGGCGACAGCAGAGAUUUGAUUUCAUGGGGCGAAAAAAGAAGCUCCCAAAGUUUGCGAAGGAGUGAGAUGUGUGUGGAAAUGGCAAGAAAGUGACCCGGCCGGCAGCUGUGCCACAAACCAAUGCUUUAAAACGGAAUUAUUCAGCACCAGUCUUCAAUUUCGCUGUCUUAAAUAUGGGAGAAGAGGAUGAAGGUCUUUGCCUGUAUCCUGCUAUUGGGAGUGACAUUCGUUCUCGCCUGCAGCAGUUUGUGGAGGAGAGAAUGCAGACUACUAUGCUGACUGGUGUAUUGAUCGGGGCUGCGGUGGCUGUGUGUCUAAUAGGAAUUACCGUGCUGCUCCUCUACCGCAGAUAUAAACAUGCGAGUCAGGAGGCUGGGGUUCCUCGCUAUCGCUUCAGAAAAAGAGAUAAAGUGCUCUUUUACGGCAGGAAAAUCAUGAGAAAGGUCCAGACCUUGUCCUCCACACCAACCUCCACUUUGGUGUCUAAGCAGCGCUCUCGGAAAAGACCUAAAGUUCUAAGUAUAGCUCGCAGGAUCUUGCGUAUCAGAAAGGAGCCGCCUACUUUGCAGCCUAAGGAACCCCCUCCCUCUCUCCUGGAGGCAGAUCUCACUGAGUUUGAUGUGCAGAACUCAAACCUGCCCUCAGAAGUGCUGUACAUGCUCAAGAACGUCAGGGUUCUUGGUCAUUUUGAGAAGCCUUUGUUUUUGGAGCUGUGUCGGCACAUGGUGUUUGUGGAGCUGCAGGAGGGAGAGGGGCUCUUCAAACCGGGGGAUGAUGACGACAGCAUUUAUGUGGUUCAGGAUGGAAGGCUGGAGCUUUGCAUUCUUGAGAUUGAUGGCACAGAGCUUGUGGUGAAGGACGUGCUGCCUGGCGACAGCGUUCACAGUCUACUCAGCAUCCUAGAUAUCAUUACGGGUUAUCCAGCUCCUUAUAAGACCGUGUCUGCUCGUGCGGCAGUCAGGUCUACAAUAUUGCGUCUGCCUGCCUCAGCUUUCCAGUCAGUGUUUGAGAAAUACCCAGAGACGUUAGUGAGGGUCAUACAGGUACUGAACUCUGCCGUGGCGGUCUGCAUCAGUGUGACCUCUGCCUUGCUCAACAUCUGUCUAAGCCACUGUGUAACAACAGGGCAUAUUCUUCACCUCUUCUUUCCCCUGAAGUAGAAUGAAUUUUUUUUUUUCUGUGUCCUCUCACUUAAAUUAAUUUGGUCCAUGCUGAAAUAGAAAAACAUCCUAAUUGAAAUGAUGAAACGCUUUGAAGUAAUAAGGAUUUAAAAAGUCAUUAAAAUAUUUAAA